CCCAACUCCCGGAGCGAGCGAUCCCCACCCAAAAAAAAACGAAAUACCUAGGCGGCGGCCGCAUCGGCGGCGGCGGCAAACCACAGAUCCUCCACAACUCCACUCCGGCCGGCCUCAAAUCCGCACCUCAACCUCUGUUCGACCGCGGCGGGACCAUGGACCAGUCAGGCUUCUCCAGCGAGCACCCAUGGCCAGAUCUCCCGCCGGAGCUGUUGGGCCUCGUGCUCUCGCGGCUGCCGUCGCACGCCGACCGCGUCCGCGUCGCCGCCGUAUGCCACCCAUGGCGCUCCAAGGCGCGGAUGCUGCGGCCUCUACCCCCGCUGCUCCCGUGGCUCGCCCUCUGCGACGGCUCCUUCCUUAGCCUCCCCGACGGCGCGGUCCACCGACUGCCCGUCCCUGGUGACGUCUCCAGCAGAUUCUCCACCGGAGGCAUGCUCGCCCUAGUGCACGGCGACGGCACGUACUCGCUGAUGAACCCUUCCCCUGCAAGGACGACCCCUCUCCCCGAGCUGGCUGCCUGUCUUCAGAGGAAGCCGAUCGUGCAGAAGGUGGUCGUGUCCGAUCACCUCGUCGCCGCUCUGGUCAAGGUGAAAAAAUUGAACAACACCACGACCACGAAAGUCAUCACCUCUGCUCGUGGGCAGCAAUGCGACACCGCAGUGAAGUGGCCCGUGCCUGCGGGGAGCUUCAUCAACGACAUUGCACUCUUCAAAGGAAAGCUCUACAUUCUCACCACAGAAGUGGAGCACUAUCAACAUGAGCUCCAUAUCCUGGACGGCAGGCGUGAGCAGACAGCCAUACGCAGAAUCCCAAUAGUUGUCGAUGACUACGAGGAGUCAUGGUAUAACCCUUACUCGACUGACAAUUACGUGCCGCGGUACUAUCUUGUCGUCUCUGGCGAUCGGCUGCUGAUGGUUGAGCGGAGGAUCAAUCAGCCGCCAAUGUUUCCAAGAGACUCAGGAAUUGUGAAGCGGACACGACACUUCGAGGUUUUCGAAGCAGCGGACCUGAGCAGCGGCCGUGGACGGUGGAUUGAGGUUGAUACGUUGAUGGGGCGUGCGCUCUUUGUCAGCAAAGGCUGCUCAGAGUCGCUCCCUGCCAUUGGUCAAUGCGGAGUUCAAGAAGAUUGCAUCUACUUUAUGAACGAGGAUGAUGCGUACACGGACAAGCAUGAGAAGAUCCGUGAGAAUCCUAUGCUGGACUCCGGGGUGUACAAUAUGAGAGACAAGACAGUGAUGCCGUUGCUGUUGGAGGCGGCGCCGACGCCUGCAACAGGAGACGGACAAGGGAAGAUCAGUGUGCAUGAGAAUUGGGAGGACGCUUUUUUGUUUUUGUUUUGGGGCGGUACUUGUCGUUUCAGAUUUUCUAGGUGGAUUUGUUUAGGCCAUGCAGGAGCAUAGUCAGAGAACUGCCCAGGUUAGGUUAGGCUUCCUUUAUAUGCUAAGUUGCUAACACUUCAGAAUUCAGGUUCACAAUUGCUCAAAAAAUUUGAUGAAUUAGCUUACUUGCUAAUCACUAUUUUUUCCCAUGGUAGGGUGUAUUAUUGGACAUGCUCGGCUUGUACCAAACAGAGCAAGUUAGACCAAUUAGUUAUCCAGUAAAUGUUUAAAAAAUUUGGCCGAAAA